UCAGUUUGACUCAUUUGGCUGUGAUGCACAGAGUUACAAACCAGCUCCACGCCCACCAAACCAAAGCGAAGGGCGACUCACGCGCUGGACGAACACUCGGAUUUGUCCUCGAGAAGUUACAAAAGAAAGAACAUUCUGGCUUUGUUAUGGACGUUAUCGAGCUGGAGUCGUUUGUGAACAGCCCUCCUGGUGGAUUCACAGUCGAGAGUCGCGCGGGCUGCAGAGUCGUGAAGUGGGACCAGGAGAAUAGCUGUGUGUUCAUCGAUGAGAUCCAGUCUAGCAAGGGGAAAGUGAUUUUCUGUAAUUCUCCAGGAAGGAAAGUCAUAGUACGUACUUUGAGGGAGUACACCGAUGUGAGACGACAGCUAACCUCAAAAACAAUAUACAUCCUGGUGUCUGCAUGCACCAAAACAAAGGUCGAAGAAAAGAGAAACAGAGAUGUUCCAGUUCUUGGGUAUUAUGUGGUGGCGAUCAACGGCAGUCAUCCAAUGAUCAGAUGGGAGAUGGAGAGAGGCUUAGACAUGACUAUUUCAUCUGUUGCUGGAGAAAGUUAUAUAGUUGAUGUUGAUGUUAGUGCUGCACUACAGGGAUGGGUCGGUGAGAGCUUUCAAAUCCUUGUUGAUGUAGAAAAGGUAAAACCCAUCUGGAAAGACACACAUUUCACCAUCAAGUACCGUUCUGACGCCCUUUUUGACAUUCCCUACUGGUUCGGCUGCAGCAAACGACAGUUCAAGGUCUCUUACCAUGGAAGAUGAGAUCAACACCCAAAAUGUUGUGUGAAACACCAAAUAUCUACUGAAAACAGGCUUCAGUCUGUGGAAAUUGAAGCCCUGCACAGAUGAGGAGACCAUUAAUGCACCUUAAAGGACAGUUUUACUGUAAAUAAAACUUUAUUUUGCUCAUGCCAGCAGUAAUACAAAAAAAUCAUAAAGAAAUGGAGAUCACUGGAACUUAAUCUUAAUUAUAAUUCUGUUGAAGCAGACAGGUCAAUUUCAUAAAUCCUCACAUUGUAAACUAGCAAACUCAAGAUAGUAAAAAUACUUUUUUUUUAAAAGGGUCACUCCAUGCAAAAGUGCCCGAAUGUGUUACCUUCAUUGCUUUAAAUAGGUCAUAUCACGAGGAAUCAAAAUGUUACCUUUUUGGAUUACUGAAAUCAAGCCAAAUAAACAUAAUUAUAUUAUCUAACAUCACGUUAUGCUCUAAGUUGACACAUUUCUUGUGCUGUUUCUGGCUGUGUGUAGCACCUACAGCUCUGCAUAUACUUCCAGAGAAUCAAUAGAAACGUGCAGUUAGGGCUGGGCGAUAAAACGAUAACGAUAAUUAUCGUGAUGUAAUUCUCCUCGAUAAAACGAUAACGAGUUCGAUAUAAUGUUUAUGCACCAAAAACGGAACAAAACCGCGCUACUUGGCAGCGUAGCAUGAGCUCACUAGAGCAGAUGCGUUUAGUCACUCACUGAUAACAGCGCUGUGAGAUCCAGUGUGA